UGGGAGCGGGGCUGGGGCGACGCGAGGGGAAGGCGGGCGGGCAGAGCGGGUCUGGGCGCCGCAGCCCGGCAGGGAUGCGGUAUGGCCGUGGGCUCCGUGAAAAUGCCGUCGCCAUGUGAGGGCGCGGAACCGGUCCGCAGCUGGAGCCCCGGCGGCGGAGCCCACGAGCCGGUGCAGCUGCGGCAGAAGCUGCGGGAGCUGCCAGCGCUGCUGCGAAGCGGACUGACGCUGCGGAGGAAGAGCGCCGCUGCUGCCGGCCGGACUCUGUCCAGAAGAAUUUCAAAUCCCUAUCUGGAAACUCCUUCAAACAAGAUUUAUGGAGAAAGUUCAUCCUGUGCUGGGAGAGCUCUCAGGAAUAUUUUUACUCUACAAGCUUCUGACCUGAUUAAAGACAGGGUGUACCUUACUGGCAUUUGCAGGAGAAGCUGUGUUGGAUCAGAGCUGGUAGACUGGCUUUUGGAGCAAUGCCCUUUUGUUAAAUGCAGAUCUACAGCAGUUGGAGUGUGGCAGCUCCUCCUGGAUAUGGGCAUUAUAUUGUCAGUGGACAGACGACUCUAUUUUCAAGACACUCAUGCUUUCUACCAGUUCUCAGCAGAUGAAUGUACCUACCUUUUCUGUGAAUUUGAGAAAGAGGAAGGAUGGAAGAAUGGAGUAAAGCUCCUACUUCAGCUGUUACCAUUGUCUCCUCCCAGGAUUGACAUGUGCAGUAUGCCUGAUCAAAAAAUAGAAGAUCCAGCAGAAACCAAUGCCGAAAUUCUCGCUCGCCUCACUUCUGCGGUACAGAGAGAACUGGCUGCUGUCAUUGCCUUGAAAGCAAGGAAGUCAGCAAUUCAUCAAAGUGAAGAAAACAAUGGUCAAGAAAUAAAAGGACUAGAAGAGCUCAAGGAUACCUCUGAUAGUCAGGCAGGGGUCUUGUGCAAGCUUCAGGGAAGAGAUGACAUCGGACGGAUCGAGCUGGUCCAGAAGCUGGCGAGAGAAAACUGCCAGUUUCUGCAGGCGGAUAGGAAACCACCGGAGAAGGCAGAACAAGCCAGCGAUGGAGGCGGCGGCGAGCGGGCGCGGGAGGAGGCCGGCGCAGCACUGGUGCUGCGGAAGGUGUGGUCACGCAGCCCGGCCCCCGAGCGGCGCGGGAGAUACGUGGUGGUGUCGGGGACGCCGGAGAAGAUUUUGGAGCAUCUCCUCAGCGACCUGCACCUGGAAGCCGCGCAGGACAAAGAGACGGAAACUCUCCUGGAUGACUUCCUUCUCACGUACACAGUCUUCAUGACGACUGACGACUUGUGCCAGGCACUUCUGAGGCACUAUUGUGCUAAGAACCACCAAGGGAAAGAAGACGACUCGGAUGUGUCCUGUAGGAAACGAAAAGUCUUGCAUUUGGUGUCUCAGUGGACUUCUCUCUACAAAGAUUGGUUACAUGAAGAUGAACAUUUAAAGCAGUUUUUAAAGACAAUAUACAGGAAUGUAUUAGAUGAUGUGUAUGAAUAUCCCAUUCUUGAGAAGGACCUGAAGGAGUUUCAGAAGAUACUUGGCAUGCAUCGUCGUCACACUGUAGAUGAGUAUUCACCUCACCGAAAGAAUAAAACCUUUUUCCACCAAUUCAGUCUAAAGGAGAACUGGCUGCAGCACAGAGGAACCAUGAAUGACACAGAGGAAAUUUUCUGCCGUGUGUAUAUAACAGAGCACUCCUACGUCAGUGUGAAAGCUCAAGUAUCCACUUCAGCUCAGGAGAUACUGAAGAUUGUAGCAGAAAAGAUCCAGUACCCAGAGGAGGAGUUGGCGCUGGUGACAGUCACGUUCUCUGGUGAAAAACAUGAACUGCAACCAAAUGACUUGGCUAUCUCAAAAUCUUUUGAGUCAUCCAGUCGUAUGUUCGUCUACCGAAAGGAUCUGACGGAUUCUUUGAACCCGUUUGCUGAAAAUGAGGAAUUGCAGCAAAGGUCUGUGAGAAUUUUGGGUAUCAACACCUGGGAUCUCGCUUUAGAACUAACAAACUUUGACUGGAGCCUCUUCAAUGCAAUUCAUGAGCAAGAGCUGAUAUACUUCACAUUCAGCAGACAGGGCAGUGCUGAAAACACCGAGAAUCUAAGUCUUCUGCUUCAAAGAUGCAACGAGGUCCAGCUUUGGGUUGCCACCGAGAUCCUCCUCUGCAGCCAGCUCUGCAAACGUGUACAGCUAGUCAAAAAGUUCAUUAAGAUUGCUGCCCACUGUAAAGCCCAAAGAAACCUGAAUUCGUUCUUCGCCAUUGUUAUGGGUCUCAACACUGCGUCUGUCAGCCGCUUGUCUCAGACCUGGGAGAAAAUUCCUGGGAAGUUCAAGAAACUUUUCACUGAACUCGAAAGUUUGACAGACCCUUCCCUGAAUCACAAAGCUUACAGAGAUGCAUUCAAGAAAAUGAAAUCUCCGAAAAUCCCCUUCAUGCCCUUACUUCUGAAAGAUGUAACAUUCAUCCACGAAGGAAAUAAAACUUUUCUGGAUAACCUUGUCAAUUUUGAAAAGCUGCACAUGAUUGCAGAUACUGUUCGGUCAUUGAGACAUUGCAGAAAUAACCAGUUUGGCAAUGAAGUUCCUUCAAAAGAGCAUCAUGAGCUGAAGCCAUACGUCCAUCACCUGCAUGUCAUCGACAACCAGCAAGCUCUGUUUGAGCUUUCUCACAGGAUAGAGCCGCGUGUGUGAGCGUACACAGCUUCAUAGAACCUUGUAACUGCAGCACUUUGAAUUAAGUGAAUGUUUAUGCCAAGCAUGUUGCUUCCCUAUAUAAGAACAGUUUACUGAGUUUUAUCAGUAGCUCACACAACGUGCACAGGAAAAUCAGGCGAGAGCCAGCAGAGGAGCUGCUAACAGAGUUGCAGGGCAAGCUUGGUGUCAUCCCCGCUGGUCGCCAGGAUGGGAGGGAGUGGAGCUGCAUCCUUUGAGCUCAGGAGCUUGGUUUCUGUGAAAGUAUUGUUUGGUCCAGUGUAGCUUUCAAUGCUGAUUCUGCCAGUAUUAGAAUGAAAGGAAUUGUCAUGUCACAGCAGCAAAACAUUUCAGCAAGCAACAUGCCACAAAGGGAUUGACUCUCUGUUCACCACAGCACGUACCUCACUAAUUCAAGGCUGCCAAAGUAUCGUUGCCAAAAAUACUUUGCAAUCUGUGCAGCUCCCCUGAGUCCAUUGGAGGAUUUUAUUUGCUGUAAGUGUGAACAGCCAAAAAUGGGAAUAUAAAAAGACAGCUCUCCAGAUGAAACUCGAGUGCAUCGUGAUGUGGAGGUCAGCAGCAAGCAAUUCGUGCUGUUGUGGCCCCUUAGGAAUCUGCUUUCUAACACACACUGAAAGAGCCAAUCCACUUUGGUUGCAGUUUAUGGACACAAUUGUUUGUACACUGAAAAUGUGUUAUUUUCUUCUUUUUCAGUUGUCCCAGUACCACCUCUUGCAGUUAACCUGGCAUAAAUUACUAUAGCAGGAGCUUUGUGUUCUUCUUGGAUUACAAUCUCCUUGGUGUCUAUUUAGAGGCAAUGCCUAGAUCCACCUACAUUCCUAGCGCACCUCUUGGAAGUACACUUUCAGCAGGUAAAAUCUCACCUAACUUGGACACACUCCUAGGUUUUAAGAAAAAAAAAGGUGGACCUUACAGGGCACCAGUGUAAUUAGCUGCAUACCCACCAGGCUGUGACCAUCACAGCCCAUUUACUGCUUCUGUCCCUCUCACACCUCUGCCCUAGCCAGUUUUCAUGUAGCUAAAAGUACUGCUUCUGGCUGUGUACUGAGGCAGCAUUUCUAAAGUCAUGUCUACAGAUGACCUACAUCUAAGCAUCACUGUCACCAUAGCUUUGGUUUUCAGUGCUAGGAAGUUGUCCUGAUAUAAACUGGUGAAUGCCACAGGCAGUGUGCAGUAUGCUGCUCUGCCUGGCACAUGUUUGUACACUGACUCAAGAGUCACAGUCCCUUUACAGAGCAGGGAAGAUACAUUGCUUUGCUUGCCCAUCUUUAUUGUAUAUUUUUCCCAUGAGAGAGACUUCCAAGGAAAUACUCCUUUACUGAAAUGUGGGAAUCCUGAAGUAGCAUGCUUCAUCAUUGUGUUAUCUCUGGUUUAAAUGGAUUUUUUUUAAAGCAGCUUUACCAAGUAGUCUGUGGGGAAUUCUGUAGAAUGCAUUCGGUUUUCCCAUCUGUGAAAUACUGUAUAGACCUACUGUAAAGGAAACGGAUGUUUCAGAAAUGUAUUUGCUUGUACUUUGUUAUUCUCAAAUACUCUAUGAUUUUGUUAUUUUUUUUUUCUUAGAAAACAAAUCUUCUUUUUACCCAGUAAAAAGAAAAAAAAAAAAAAAAGAAAAUAAACUCUUGCUGGCCAUGGAGUAAAAAUUUCCUAUGUUCUUCUGUAGAUGUGACUGCACAUAUUGUAAAUAACUCUUUUGUGCAAACAGACCAAAACUGUUCAGAUGAGGAUACUAGCUGAGACGGGCUCCUUUCUGCAGUGUAAGAACACAAACCAGGGAAAAACUGCUGCUUGUAUUGCAGCUCUCCCUCUGGCUACAGCAUUCCUCGAAUCCCAGCCUAGCCGCGUUACCUGGAUGGUUUGCUGGGUUUUGAGCGCCCCCUUGUGAAGUUUUUCUUGCUGUGGCAUUAUUCGUAGGAGCCUGUAUGUAGACCAGCCUGCAUGCUUUAAGCUCAUGUGGUGCAACACUAGUCCACAAGUUCUUUUGUAAUGUGUGGGAGAGGGAGCAUGAGAAGGUAUUCAGGAUGAGAAAGUGGGGUUGUUUCUCACUUCACUGCAUUUGGCUCUGAUAGUUUUGGUAGUUACUGCUGACAAAAUAGUAGCAGUGCUAGAGAAGAAUAAAAGACAAGGAAAUAAAGGGGGAAAAUAAUGAUGGAGGGGGGUGUCAUGGAAGGAAGAAAAUAAAAAAAAAGAAGAAAAAAGAUAAGUCUAUACACAUACUUCGAUCUAAAAUCAUGCUAGAGAUACCAUGAAGGCUUCUCACUCUGCCAGUUCAAAAUGGUUGAAUGGUUAACUCAUACCAGUAGGCUUCAAGCCACCCAGGUCUUGGCUAUCUGCAUCACUGUACCUUUAUAAUUAAAUGAGGUGUUGACUGCCCCUAGCAGUGGGCGUCAAAUCAGUUUGAAGGUACAUAGCCAGCAUUAACCUCCUUGUCUGUGCAGUGGCUAAUCAGACUACUGCUUAAAACUUUACAAACUAAUUUUCAUACUGGCCUCUAUAACUUGGAUAUAAAUUUCUGCUCUUAGAGACCAAUGUUGAAUGAUCAAUCUCACACUGAAAAUACAGACCUUAUAGCUGUUAGCAUAAAGGAAAGGCAAAUAGCACAAAUCUGUCACUAAUGUAUCUAAUUAAAAAGGGAAAAAAAGGGCCCUUUGGAGUCUUUGUUCUACCGGUGAAGUAGUGCAGAGCUGGGCUGCAGACUGGCAAGCAGCUUGAAGGUUUGAUGGUUGGGAGAACUGGAAGUAAGCCCUGUGUGAGGAAGGCAUCAUACAGCCUCCACCAGGGUCCAGCACUGGUCAUAUUGUGCAUUUUCUGUGUUUUAUUAAUCCUUCAAUAAUGCAGUUUGGUUAAAGAGGAUAAAAUCCAUGAAUCUUCUCAGUUCAGUUCAUCACAAUCACACCCAAGGUUAAAUACUCUGCAUGUUUUCUUUAGCAGCUAGGAGGGGUACCUAGACAGGAAAAAAAAAAGUGAAAAGCUGGAUCACUCUACACCUUUCUGAUGUGGGAUUUUGUUGCAUCCCAUGUAGAUGUUUCUGUGACCUAGCUUUUUGAUUCUAGCCCCAUCUCGGACAGAAAUAAAUUGUGUUUGCUUGACAGUAGCAAAAUAAAGAUGUUCUUAGAAAAGAUAAGACAUGCUGCUGUAAAAUUACAAAGAGAGAUGUAAAUACUGAACAUUUUAGCAGAGUAAUAUUUAUUUGCAUAGUCUAUUUAUUGUUAUCUUAUAUCCUUUUAAAUACUGGGAUGAAGUCAAUGCGCUGAGGUAAGAACACCUGCCUGUUCUGUUCUCUCUGAGUGCCAUUAUGCUGUCAGCUUGCAUUAAAAGUAAUAAAACAGAAAACCCCCCCCAAAUCAAGGUAUUUACCUAACUUCUCAGGGACUACAGCUAGUAGUUAUCCACCAUCACGAGACCUGGUAUGUAUGAAAUAAUCUGAUUUACCAGAAUCAAUGUUGCCAAUGUCUUCAUAUUUCAUGCUUGUCUGCCUCUGUACAUAUUAUUGUGUUGUGUAUUUAUGAGAGCUAGUAAGCAAUAAUUUAUAUGUCGAAAUGGCCAAGCAAUACAAGGUUAAAACUUGUAGAAGCAACUGUUACAUUUAUCUUGCAUUUUCCAGUGUUUUUUAAUAUUGCUUUUAAAAAUAUAAAAACUACCUUAAUGA